ACCACAAAGUGCUGAGCAGACGGUUCCUGCUGGGAGGAGGAGGAGCUGCAGGAGGUUCUGGACUCGGCCGGUCAGAUUCCUCCAGAGACGGACCGAAGAGACGCUGCGUCUCGCUCAUCUCCAGGUGUUCAACAGCUCCAAAAACUGAAGACAGAAGAGCGUCUCCGCCAUGUUCAACAGCUUCAGGGACAAGGACAUGGACACCUGCACCCUCUGGGUCAAAGAGAGUCCUCCUGGCUCUGUCUCCGGUCUCUUCAGGUUCAGGCGCUGGCUGUUUCCCGCUCUGAUGGUUGCCGUGGUGUUCGUCCUGAUCCUGGUUCUGGGAGUCACCAACACGAAGACAUCCAGCCGGCUGUGGACUGCAGAGGAGGACAUGUCCAUCCUGGCCUGACAGGAUGGAGUCCCUGAACGCAUCGCUGCAGCAGAGUCACGAGUCCAUUAAAGACCUUCAACACCUGCAGUGGUCCAUUCAGGACAACAAGGACCGGCUGGCCUCAGUGUCUGCAGCCCUGCAGCAGCUGGCGGUUCUGGACUCUCUGAGCCGGGCCGUGGACGGGCUGAAAUGUUCCCUGGAGCGGAUCGUCAGCAACAGCUCAGCGACCGGACCGUGCUGUCCCCUGGACUGGACCCGGCUCGGGUCGGACUGCUACUUCUUCAGCCAGCAGCACCUGAACUGGAACCAGUCCAAGAGCUGGUGUGAGAGGAAGAGCGCUCACCUGCUGAUCCUGCACAGCGACCAGGAGUGGGACUUUGUGACCAAGAAGUCGGUUCCUGACUUGUACUGGGUCGGCUUGACUGAUGGGAGAACUGGGAGGUGGGAAUGGGUGAACCAGACCCCUUACACCAUAGAGCGCAGGCGGUGGGUUCCUGGCCAGCCCGAUGCCUGGACCGGUCACGGUAUGGGUCCUGAAGAUGAAGACUGUGCUCAUCUCCAUAGCAACGGGCGCCUUAACGACAUCCACUGCAGCACCACCAUGCGCUUCAUCUGCCAGAGACGCAGCACCAACACCUGAAGACACCUGGACACAGGCUCCGCCCACAACCCAGAGCGGACCGGAGCAGUUAGAGACUCAGAUACCUGAUGAUGAUGAUGAUGAUGAUGAUGAUGUGGCAUUAAAGGAACAUCUGGAAACUUCA